UUUUUUGAUACAUCUCCGUAUCUCGUUUUUAUCUUUCCACAUCUAUACAGGCUCCUCGGUUUGUGCAACAACUUUGCUUACGUGGUGAUGCUGAGUGCCGCACAUGACAUUCUCGAGAAACAAGAGUCACGAAAUGAAACGGCGUCUACUUCAGCCUCGCUGCACGUGGACUUCCAAGUUGGGAACAGUAGCAACAGUAGCAUCUAUGACUGCAACCCCGUCUCUACUGCGGCUGUGCUGUUAGCUGACAUCCUACCAACACUCUUCAUCAAACUGUUUGCUCCCUUCGUGAUCCAUAAAAUGCCUUAUGGUGUUCGAGUGCUGUUCUGUGCCAUCAUGGCGGCAACGAGUUUCCUCCUGGUGUCCUUCUCCUCAGCUGUGUGGAUGAGUAUUCUCGGAGUGAUCUUUGCCAGUAUCAGCUCAGGACUGGGAGAGUUGUCCUUCCUCUCUCAGUUAACAGUCCUCUAA